CCAGAACCUUAGCUACUCCUCGAACGACGUUGCGUGGAGUUCACUCGAUUCGAACAUCUUGGCCACGGCGGCCACCAACGGGGUGGUGUCGGUGUGGGAUUUGUCCAAAUUCGGACGCCAAAAGCAGCUGCUGGUUUACAACGAACACGAGCGCACGGCUCACUCGGUGGCUUUCCACGGGACGGAAUCGAACCUGCUGAUAUCCGGCUCGCAGGACGGCACCAUCAAGUGUUUUGAUCUGCGCAGCGAUAGGACGGCGAUCAACACCUAUUUUAGCAACUCGGAAAGCGUCCGGGAUGUAAAGUUUAGUCCGCACGCGCCCAAUACGUUCGCGGCGGUGUCCGAGAAUGGAACAGUCCAACUCUGGGAUAUCCGCAAAAACGAUCGCUGCACAUCACAGUUCACAGCGCACAGUGGACCAAUCUACACAUGCGAUUGGCAUCCACAACAACAGUGGCUGGCCACUGGAAGCAGAGACAAGCAAAUUAAGAUUUGGAACACCAACCCGAAAAAUUCGUCACUGGAAAAUCCGAAGAACGUCUCACUAGAAUACAGCAUUCACACGAUUGCCGUGGUGGGUCGAGUCCGUUGGCGUCCGGACAAAAUGUACCACAUUGCCAGCUGUGCCCUCGUCGUAGACUACAGCAUCUACAUAUGGGACGUCCGGAGGCCAUUCAUCCCGUAUGCCUCGUUCAACGAGCAUUCGAAUGUCACCACCGGGAUCGCCUUCAAGGGCAACGACUCGCACAUUUUGCUAUCCACUAGCAAGGAUUCCACCAUAUUCAAACACGUGUUCAAGGACGCAUCGCGACCGGCCAUCAAAGCGAAUCCCCAAGGUGCCAGUUUUAACUUCAAGGGAGAUCUGCUGUACGCGUACAAAAUUAAGCUAGUUGGACCGCCUACGCCACCACCCGUUCAGAAAACAAGCCUGCUUGGGAGCAGACAGAAGACGCCCCCAUCGACGGAUCAGUUCCAUUUGGCCAAGUCCAGUUUGUACCACUUUCUAACGAAGGUCCAUUCUCCGAAUGCCAAAGAUGUUACGAAAACGUCUUUGUUGAAAGAUUUUCACGCUCUCAAGGGUUGCGCUAAGGAAUAUAUCCUUACCGGAGGUUCUUUAGCGGAAAUUUGCGCACACAAUGCGUCCGUUGCUAAAAAGUACGGAAAGACGAACGUCAGCUUCCUGUGGAAUUUCAUCAGCCAACUCUACGCUUAUUCCUCGGCGGCAAAUCUAAAACUAGAGCAACGGAACUCCAAUGCCAGUCAAAGUCAGUCGAACCGCUUGAUGGCACAGAAUUCGAACCAGUCGAGCUCGGGCCGCCCUGGUGACGAUAAAACCGGAAGCAAUCCGAAUCUGGGAAGUGCAGGCCUAGUGGCAAAUCCAACCGACGAUUUCCUAGAAUUUCUGAAUCCCAAGAGCGAUCUGACUAGUAUGCUCUGCGGAAAAGGCCAACUGCUCUCGGUGGACAUCGAGCCCAACUGUUGUGACUUCGUUUUCGGCGAAACGGAGCUCACCUUCGACAACGUCAAUUGUAUCAAAGGCUUCCGGGAUGGUUUCCUGUACACGGGACCCCACGAUCUCAUCAAGGACUACACUUUCCCAUCGUCCAAUCUGAUAAACGCACACGAGCUACACCAUGCCCGACCCAGGAAGGAACUGCACGCGGACAGUGCCCAGGAAAGCUCCCCACCGCCGAAUCUGCCUUCCUUCCUGAAGAUAUCCGACGGAAAUCCGGUGAAUCCGCCGCUUUGGGAACCGCAUCAGGUUCUAGCGGACUGCCUAACGCUGCAAACGGAAAUAGGAGAUGUCCAAACGGCGACCUGCAUACUGAUUGCACUCGGUGAUCGCCGGCACAGCCUCCAGAUCGACGAAUCCAUCCACGAGAACUGGCUGCUGUCCUACGUGGAGCUCCUGCAUCGCCAUCAGCUUUGGAACGAGGCGACGCAAAUCAUCAACCUGAGCUGGAUUCGCAGCGUGUCGGAUAUGAACCAACAGUCCACUACGAUGCACACAAACUGUGGAGACUGCGGAAGGCCGCUGUUGAAUGCUGUUGGGUGGUACUGUGGCAAGUGUCGAUCGGUGCAAAGUUCCAAGUGCAGCGUGUGCAACGGGGUUGUGAGAGGGCUGUACGCGUGGUGUCAGGGUUGUUCCCAUGGGGGACAUUUGCAGCAUCUGAAGCACUGGUUUGCCAAUAAUCCCAAGUGCCCGAAGUGUGGUCACUUGUGUGAGUACGAGUAAGGUAAGUGAAUUGUCAGAUUUUAUUCGGUAUACCAAUUUUUGUAUAAUAUUACAACUUUUGUAUCGUGCA